AUGUCGAAACUUCUGAUCGCAGUGAAAACAGGAAAUUUUCAUGAAGUAAAACGGUUAGUUGAUCAUGGUGCUGAUGUGAAUAAUAAAAUUUAUUACGAUAUCAGUCCUCUUCGCUCUGCAGCGUCAUCUGGUUCACUGGAAAUUGUCAAAUGUUUAGUUGAACAUGGUGCUGAAGUGAAAAGUGAAAAUUAUUAUGAUGUCAGUCCUCUUCACUCUGCAGCAUCACGUGGUUCACUGGAAAUUGUCAAAUAUUUAGUUGAGCAUGGUGCUGAUGUAAAUUUUCAAUCUUUUCACGUUGGGAGUCCUCUUAACUCUGCAGUAUCAUCUGGUUCACUGGAAAUUGUCAACUAUUUAGUUCAACAUGGCGCUAAUGUAAAUUUUCAAUCUUGUCACAUUGGUAGUCCUCUUCACUCUGCCGCAUCACGUGGUUCACUGGAAAUUGUUAAAUUUUUGGUUGAACAUGGUGCUAAUGUAAGUUGUCAACCUAAUCCUAAUGGAAGUCCUCUUCACUCUGCAGCAUUAUCUGGUUCACUGGAAAUUGUCAACUAUUUAGUUGAACAUGGUGCUAAUGUAAAUUUUCAAUUUUCUAACGUUGGUAGUCCUCUUCACUUUGCAGCAUCACGUGGUUCACUGGAAAUUGUCAAAUAUUUAGUUGAACAUGGUGCUGAUGUAAAUUGUAAACCUAUUUUUAAAGGAAGUCCUCUUUACUUUGCAGCAUCUCGUGGUUCACUGGAAAAUGUCAAAUAUUUUGGUGAAUAUGGUGCUGAAGUAAAUUUUAAAACGCGUAACGUCGGUAGUCCUCUUAACUCUGCAGUAUUAUCUGGUUCACUGGAAAUUGUCAAAUAUUUUGUUGAGCAUGGUGCUGAUGUAAAUUAUGAAACUGAUACCGUUGGUAGUCCUCUUCACUCUGCAUCAUCAUCUGGUUUACUGGAAAUUGUCAAAUUUUUAGUUGAACAUAGUGCUAAUGUAAAUAUUAAAUCCGUUAUCCUUGGUAGUCCUCUUCACUCUGCAGCAUCAUCUGAUUCACUGGAAAUUGUCGAAUAUUUAGUUGAUCAUGGUGCUAAUGCAAAUAUUGGAUCCUUUAUCCUUGGGAGUCCUCUUCACUCUGCAGCAUCACAUGGUUCACUGGAAAUUGUCAAAUAUUUAGUUGAACAUGGUGCUAAUGUAAACUGGGAAGACCAGUGGAAUAAACCUGUCAUUCACAAUGCUGUUAAGUUUGAUUCAUUGGAAAUGGUUAAGUACUUAGUUGAACAUGGUGCUGAACUAACAAAUGAAGAAAAUCUUGACAUGUCAAUUCUAUUUCUGGCUUGUGAAGGUGGAAAUGAGUCAAUUGUUGACUAUCUUCUCCAACAUGAAGCGAUUAAAGACGUGAAUAACUGGAAAUUGAAAUCUCCCUUACGUAUAGCGUGCCAGAAAGGUCAUACCGCCGUAGUUCAAACAUUAGUGAAAUAUAACGUUGAUAUACGAACAGAAAAGGAACCAUUAAUAUGUAGCAAUAAUGAGAUCAUAAAUAUUUUGAAUGUGGAUUUAAAGAAGUCCCUUAAACAUCGCAAAAAAAUUAAGGAUUUUGAAAGGAAUGGACAACGUGAAUUUGAUAAAGGUAAUAUUAUAUUUUUUAUUGCAUACAAAGCAAAAAAGAAAUGGGAUCUCAAAAUCAUCUAUUUAUUGGUAAUUAUUUUUUCUUAAAUAUUUAAGAGUCAGAUAAUGUGGAUUGUGUGUCUCGGUAACCAGCUUUUCCCGUUUAAUCGAGUGCCCAAUUUAUAUUUUUAUUGUGUUUUGUUUCAAGAUUUCAAUCACAUGGGAACCGGGGUGGUAGUUAAAAAUAGCCUAUUUUCGCCAUAUAAUUGAUUUUGGCCCAAACUUUGACGGGAAAAAUGGCGGACAAAUUAGAUAGUAAAUAAUUAGGAGUGAAGCAGUUUUUUGUUAAUUUGACUGAGCUUAGUCAUAGCUAUGUCAUUUGCGGAAAUUACUGCGAUAUCAACUCAAUCUGUAGCUUUAAAUAUGGGAGAUUCACAUCGUAUUGCUACCUGCAUGUAAGUUGUUCUAUUUCUUAGGUCAACUUCAUGGUACAUCGGCGUAUAAUAAAAUAUGGCAUUAGGCCUACGUGAAAAUUUUGCCAAAACGUAGUUUUACAUCUGCUUACGUCUUCAGUCCAAUUCGUCAUUAAGUUUGACCCAAUCGCUUGGUAAAAUACAUAUUAAUUCUCUGCGUAAUUUCAGUGGGUGAUAGCCUACGUUGAUAUUUUAACCUAGAAAUUCCUGAUAGCCCAAGAGAACUGCAAGAAGAACGUUAUUUUAAAAUUGUCAUCCAUGUUUGGUUUCGGCAAGAAGCUUAGUUUCUAGGACUCCUGGGCUUUUAUGUCGUUAAAAGCCGACAUCUCCUAAUAGAUUUAUACAUUCACAAAAAUUGAAUACAAGCAGCGAAAUCCUAUUUCCUUAGUUAAAGCGUGCUUAGGUAUGAAUAAAUGUUUAUUUGUAUAAAACCGCUGAAUUAUAUUGCAGGUGCAUGUCUUGAACGUUUGCCCAGGGGAUUCAAUAAUAUUGUUUACCAAAAAUUUAUCACCAAUAGAACAAUGCAUGCAUAUUUGCCUUCCUUCAUCAUGAUAUUAUUAGUAUCUAAUUAUUUACACCAAACAAAGGCUUUUCAUCUUUAAUAAUGUGCAGACGUUUUUCGCGCGGUUUGUCGCCAUGGUUAACCCGACGCAAGGCUGCAUGCGUUCACAUCUGUGGCUUUCAUUUAGAAUAUUUCAUGUUAAAAACUGUCUAGGAAAAUAAAUGCGAGGGUUGAUGCAUGCAUGUAUUUCUAGUAUGUAUUAGGGAACAUUACUUCUUUCCAGGGACAGCUGAGUAAGUUUCUUAACCUGGUUAAAUAAUUUUGUAACUUUUUGUGCUUUAGCGGAGAUGAUUCCGAAUUCAAAACUACUCGAUGUAGAAGAACUAUUAUAUUUGUCAGUCAUAGUAAUAAAAAAAUAUUUUUCUACCAUAGGUUGGACCACCGCUGAAGUAUUUUUCAACGCAUAAGUCUUUGAUGCUUGGAAAAGGUUCAAUGGGUACAUCUGUUUACGUUGGUAUCAUGGAAGAUGGUACUGAAGUGGCUGUAAAGAGGAUCUUCAAACAGGAGUUUGAAGAUGCAGCUCAAAAUGAGCUAGAAAUUCUGAGUCGAAUUGAUGCAAGCAAGUCACCAUUUAUAGUAAGCUAUCGAAAAUGUUUAAAUGACGCCACUUUUGUGUAUAUAGUUUUAGAUCUUUGCGAAGAAACAUUGAAGGAACACGUUUGUACUCAAAGUUUGGAAUAUCUACAAGAUCAUGGUCCAAGAAUGAUUAAAGAAAUCUUAAGCGGAAUUGAAUUUCUUCACAGUCACGGAAUUUUGCACAGAGAUCUCAAACCAUCAAAUGUCUUGGUUGAUCUCGAAGGACACAUGAGAUUGGCAGACUUCGGAAUAAGUCGUGUUUUGAAUGAAGAAGAUACCACAGUUCAGACAAGUGUGAGAGGAACCCGAGACUGGAUGCCCACCGAAGUAAUUGAAGUAAUAAGUAAAGAAGAGAAAGGACGUUUUAAAAAGAAAUCUGAUGUUCAGGUCGCAGGUAUGAUCGCUUUCUUCAUUUCGACCAAAGGUAAACAUCCUUUUGGUCCUGGGCUUGAACGAAUGACAAAUAUUUCGAAAGGAAAUCCUGUUAACUUGGACAUGCUUCACGAUCUUCAAGUUCGGAAAUUUAUUUCAUGGUUGAUCAGUCAUAACAUUGAUGAUAGACCUUAUGCUGCUGAGGCGUUGGCGGAUCCCUUUAUGGUCCAUGUAACAAAAUCUCUCAGGAAAGUUAGAUUACAAAUAUCCCGUAUAUAGGAUAAUGCUUUUCCCCUUG